CAUUGACGUUCGAAGACGACUGCACCCUCCAAUCGAAUUGCAAUGUCUACAGAUCUGUGUCCACCAUACGCUCCUUUCUUUGGUUUCGCGGGGGUGGCCUCGGCGAUGAUCUUUAGCACUGUCGGUGCAGCAUUCGGGACCGCCAAGUCUGGCAUUGGUAUCGCCGGGCUGGGUACAUUUAAACCAGAGUUGAUUAUGAAGUCCCUAGUACCAGUCGUCAUGUCUGGUAUAGUAGCUGUAUACGGAUUGGUAGUGUCGGUGCUCAUCGCAGGGUCAUUGCACCCUUCUAAAGACUAUCCCUUAGCUGCCGGAUUUAUACACCUCGGAGCAGGGUUGUCGUGUGGAAUGACUGGGAUUGGGGCUGGCUACGCAAUUGGCAUAGUGGGCGACUCGUGUGUACGCGCCUAUGUCUACGAGCAACGAAUAUUUGUUGGGAUGGUCCUCAUUCUCAUUUUCGCAGAGGUACUUGGGUUGUAUGGGCUCAUCGUUGCCCUAAUCAUGAACACGCGAGUGACUUCUCUUGGUGGAUGUAAUUGAUGUUACCCUUCCAUGCGACAAGUAUCGUACAAAU